GUGUAUGAUGAGGACUUCAGUACAUUUGUUGAUGUCACAGACGACUUUGUGAUUAAAGACAAGUUUAAGGUACAGCUAGAUGAAGUGAGUGAAUACUGGGUUGCUGAUGUUCUGGACAUGGUAGAAGUGGCACGACUGCCACCACAAAUAGGCCCUGUAUCUGUUAUGUACACACUCCCACCUGUGCCACUGGACAUUCAAAUGGCAGUAGAGACACACCAACGAGGAAUGCACCUUGAAAAGAGAAGGCGGGUGAUUGAGUGGCUGUUUCGUGACCUCUGCUCUUAUGGAAUGCAUCCUGGGAAGCUGUAUGAAGAAGCAGCCAAAGCACUCGUGCGAAAAUUCCCAAACUUGGCUGACUGCACCGGAACAGGAUAUGAUUCUUGGAGAGAGGCCUUGCGCUUCAAAGGAAAAUAUGAGCGAAGAAAGAUGAGGAUCCACCGCGGGGAAAUAGUGCCUACCAAAAAGCAUCGCUCAGAUGGCACGAUGACAAUUCAUGAGCCAGUUCUAAAAAGGGUGACAAGACCAACCACUGUUACUGAAGUGUGGGGCGGUGAAGAUGAAAGCGGUGUUGAGAGCCACAUUGCAUCGAUGAAAACAGAACUUGCAAAAACUAAGCCGGACCUUUCUUAUGUCACUGACCGCAUGUUACGGACAUUUGUUGCUAGAAGAAACUGGAUAGAAAAUGGGUGCCCAUCCAUACAGGCUAUCACGGAUGAAUAUCCAGCUCUGAAAUUGAGCUCCAUGCUUCACAACGAGUUCAAGCUGCAGACAGGAGUUGACUUGCGUGCAACCCUACAACCUCUUCUGCGUGCUAUUGAAAAGAAAGUACUCGACAUUGCUCAGAAGAAACGCCAUCUUGAGGCAUUCCUUGCGGAUCUGGACAAACGCUUGAAGGAUGCCACUGAGGAUGACAAAGUUGAUUUGAUGCAGAAUGCUGUAAUCUGUCUGCUGCCCUGCCUCGUGAAGGAGCGCAAGGAAGCAUUUGUGAAUUCUGUGGAAAACAUCGUGUAUGCCGUGCCGAGCAUUGUCUGCUUGGGCAAUGUUUUGGACUGCACUUACUUUAAAGUUUGUGUGGAAAACUACGAAGUGGUCGAAACAACACUAACAAAUGCACUGGCAACUUUGCUGGCACUCUACUGGGCGUUCGACAUUGUUUUCGCAAAAGGUGCACAGAAAACAUUUGAAGUUUUGGGAAAGCUGCUCGGGAUUCCAGGCAGUGGUCGCAUUUCGCCGUUGGCCAGAGUGGCUCACACCAUGCUCCAGGCAUGCCUGGAGUAAUGUUUUCAACAUAUUUUUUAUUUAUUUUACCGAGGCUGAAAUUCUUUCACAUACAUAUUUAUAAAUAAAACCUUUUGUCUCAUUUGCA